GGUGGGAAGAUGGCGGAGGCUUCACCGCAACCGGGACGGUUCUUCUGCCACUGCUGCUCGGCUGAGAUCGCCCCUCGCCUGCCCGAUUAUAUUUGCCCACGGUGUGAAUCUGGUUUCAUUGAAGAACUUCCUGAAGAGCCAAGGAAUGCUGACAAUGAGACCAGCUCCUCUACAUCAGCCAGUGACCAGAGCAGGCAUCCUUUUGAGAACGUGGAUCAGCACUUGUUCACCUUGCCACAGGGCUAUGGCCAGUUUGCCUUUGGGAUCUUUGAUGACACCUUUGAGUUUCCCUUUGGGUCCAACGUGCAGCCAGAAGACAACAGGGACUCUGAGAACCGCCGGGAGCGGGAGCAUCAGUCCCGGCACCGAUACAGCGCCAGGCAGCCGCGCGCCCGCCUGGCCACACGCCGUGCCGCUGGCAGGCACGAGGGGGUUCCCACGCUGGAGGGAAUCAUCCAGCAGCUGGUCAAUGGAAUUAUUGCACCUACAACAAUACCAAACCUAGGACUGGGUCCUUGGGGAGUCUUGCAUUCAAAUCCAAUGGACUAUGCCUGGGGUGCCAACGGCUUGGAUGCAAUUAUUACACAGUUACUAAAUCAGUUUGAAAACACUGGACCACCACCAGCAGACAAGGAGAAGAUCCAAGCCCUCCCCACCGUACAGAUCGCCCAGGAACACGUAGAUUCUGGGUUAGAGUGUCCUGUGUGUAAAGAAGACUACACAGUGGGUGAGAACGUCCGGCAGUUACCCUGCAAUCACCUCUUCCACAACAGCUGCAUCGUCCCUUGGCUGGAACAGCACGACACGUGUCCCGUGUGCCGGAAAAGCCUCAGUGGACAAAACACUGCCACAAACCCCCCAGGACUCACAGGGAUGAACUUCUCAUCCUCCUCCUCCUCCUCUUCCUCCAGCUCACCAAGUAAUGAAAACUCAUCGAACAACUCCUGAAUCUCAGUCCCCUCUCUCUGUCCCUGGGGCCCUCAAAUCCUCCUCCCUCCCUCCCCAGCCAACGCCAGCAGAGCCAGGGGGGGAGCAGGGGGCAAAACAACCCCCUCCCACCCUCUCCCUUUCCCUCCUGAAUGCCCUUCUUGUGUUCUGAAGACAUUGGAGACUCUGGGUCCUUCAGAGAUGAGAAGCCUCAUGUUCAGUGAUGGGAGGAAGGUGGGCAAGGGUUUGACUUCCCUCACCAACAUCCGUUUGCCACGUGGACUUCUGGCCGUGGGAGGCUGCGGCCGAGGCCCCCGAGGUGCUGUUGGGACUGGGGAAAGGUUCUUUUUGCUUUUGGAUGGUUUGGAAUUUGGAGAUUCUUUGGUUUUCCCCUUUCCUUUUGCUCCUCCUCCCCUCAGAUCCUCCCUCUCUUCUUCUCUGGAGACUUGGAAGUCUUAAAACUGAAGGCUGGGGAGGGCCGAUAGCUGUCAAGGAAAAGAUGAACUCUGGAAGUAGACCCCUCCCUCUCAACCUUGCCUUUUUAUUUCCCCUUCCCUUCAUCCCUUUCCUCAUCCAAGCCCUGUUUCUUUUUCUUUGUAACCUCACCCUUCUGCUACUCAACACUGAAAAGGGGUUUUUAUAAUUUUAAAUUAUUACUGCUGUGAAAUAAAGGGACGUUUCAGCCCAAGGA